AAGUUAGAAAACCUAAAACCGUUAAUGUUGUUGACUCAAAAUUCAGUAAACUCCGCGCCGUUUUCCCUCCACGGGCAUGGAUAAGAUUAUGACCAACUACUUCUAACGGAGAAUAGCAAUCCAACCUCCAUUCGUCCAUGGAGCUCUGCAAUUUAUUCUUUAUCACCUCUCCCAUGAAACUAAAACACUCGUAUCCCAAUCUCAAAACCCAAGCCCAUUCAGUUAAAUGCUUGGCGGAUACGAAUCGACGACUCAAGCUCGCGGAGUCACUCCAGUACGAGACGUUCAGGAUUCUCGAAUGGCCGUCGGUGUGUAACCAGGUUUCCUCCUUCACUGCCACCUCCAUGGGAACUUCGGCUGCCCGAGAUGGUCUAGUUCCUAUAGGAAGGAGUCCAGAGGAGAGCAGGAGGCUCCUGAAUCAGACGUCCGCUGCAUUUGCGCUUCCUUUUCCGCUGGAUUUCUCUGGAAUUGAAGAUGUUUCGGAUAUCAUUGAGUCUUCUGUCGCUCGUCAGUUGCUUUCCAUAAGAGAGAUUUCUGCGGUAAAACGGACUUUGCGAUCGGCUAGGGAUCUGUUUGAACAGUUGAAGAAGAUUUCUCUCAAAUCGGAAAGGUACUAUCCUCUGCUUGAAAUUCUUCAGAAUUGCAAUUUUUUAACGGAUCUGGAGCAGAAAAUAGAGUACUGUAUAGACUCCAAAUUCUCAACCAUACUCGACAGAGCCAGUGAAGAUCUAGAGAUCAUUAGGUCAGAAAGAAAAAGCAACAUGGAAGAUCUGGACUCUCUGUUGAAAGACAUAUCAACUAAGAUUUUUCUAGCCGGAGGUAUUGACAAACCAUUGGUAACCAAACGUAGGUCAAGAAUGUGUGUUGGCAUCAGAGCUUCUCAUAAAUCAUUACUUCCAAAUGGUGUCGUUUUGGAUGUUAGCAGCUCUGGAGCAACAUAUUUCAUGGAACCCAAAGAGGCUGUAGACUUGAACAACAUGGAAGUAAGGCUUUCAAAUGCUGAGCGGGUUGAAGAACAAGCCAUAUUAGGGUUGCUCACAUCUGAAAUUUCACAAUCAGAGUCUGAGAUUAACUACUUGUUAGAUAGAGUUCUAGAGGUCGAUUUUGCAAUUGCAAGAGCUGCUCAUGCUCGAUGGAUCAAUGGAGUAUGUCCACUCAUAUGUGGUUCUGGUUCUGUAGACAUUGAAGGGCCUAACACUGGAGGAAAAACUGCUUCCAUGAAAACAUUAGGAUUGGCAUCUAUUAUGCUAAAGGCUGGCAUGUAUUUACCUGCUACAAAUCAACCAACCCUUCCAUGGUUUGAUCUUAUUUUAGCAGAUAUUGGAGAUCACCAGUCUCUGGAACAAAGCCUCUCAACUUUCAGUGGCCACCUGUCACGAAUUUGCAAGAUGUUGGAAGUGACCUCAAAACAAUCACUCAUUCUUAUCGAUGAAAUUGGAAGUGGAACUGAUCCAUCAGAAGGGGUGGCACUUUCCACCAGCAUGUUAGAGUAUGUUAAAGAUAGAGUCAACUUAGCAGUAACAACUACACAUUAUGCAGAUUUAUCUCUUUUAAAGGAAAACAAUUCCCAAUAUGAGAAUGCAGCAAUGGAGUUUUCUUUAGAGACUUUACAACCCACGUACAAAAUACUUUGGGGAAGCACAGGCGAGUCAAACGCGUUGACCAUUGCUAAAUCAAUAGGGUUUGAUGAAAAAAUAGUUGAACGAGCACAAACAUGGGUGAAAAGAUUGAUGCCUGAUAAAGCUGAGAAGCGAAAAGGUUUGCUUUAUCAGUCGUUAAUGGAAGAAAAAAAUAGAUUAGAAAUUCAGGCUAACAAAGCUGCAGAUAUAUAUUCUAAUACCAUGACUCUGUAUAAUGAGAUAAGGGAUGAGGCAGAUGAUCUUGUGGGACGUGAGGCUGCUCUUAAGGCGAAGGAAACUCAAAAAAUCCAAAAGGAAAUAGCAACAGUGAAAUCUCAGUUGGAGAAAAUAGUGGAGGAUUUUGAAGCUCGAAUUAGAAGUGCAAGUAUUGAUCAACUUAAUACGCUUCUUAAGGAAUCCGAAUCUGCCAUUUCAUCAAUUGUUGAAUGUCACAAGAAUGCUGAAGAGUCAUCUGUCAUAAAAACCGAUAGGUCUACUCUUAAAGUAAAGCUUGGAGAUCAAGUAAUUGUGACCGGAUUAGGAAACAAACAGGCAACCAUAGUCGAGCCACCUGGCACAACCGAUGGCACUGCCCUUGUUCAAUAUGGAAAAAUUAGGGUUCGUGUGAAUCUAAACACCAUAACACCUCUUCCUAACGCCGAUAUCAUUCAGAUUGCAAAUUCAAAAUCAAACGUAAAAAAACAGGGAGGGACACGGAGGAUUAAAAGCCUUAAGAAUUUAUCAGAGGGAAGCAAUAGCGAAACGGUGUCGUAUGGACCAGUGUUGCAGACAUCAAAAAACACGGUUGAUUUACGUGGUAUGCGAGUGGAGGAAGCGUCACACAAUCUUAAUUUGGCGAUUAAUAUAACCGGGUCUAACUCGGUUUUGUUUGUAAUCCAUGGGAUGGGUACGGGUGUUGUGAAGGAAUGCGCGCUCCAAAUAUUAAAAAAACAUCCGCGGGUUGUCAAGUUUGAACAGGAUGGUCCGACUAAUUAUGGCUGUACAGUUGCUUACAUCAAAUGAAUAUAUAUGCGGUAUGGAUAACAUUUCUUUGGGUGAUGUGAAUAUAAUGUCAUUUAAGAAUUUGCUUUUUUAUUUAGGAAAAAUACAGAAUCGUAUUGAUUUGGCCAUCUAAUUAUUUUUGUAUUUAAAUCGUAGGAAAAAGGAUACUUUGUAAAUGACCAAAAAUUUAUAAUGGUUGACUAAAUUGAAAAUUAGUGUAAGUGUGCUUAAAAAAUUUACAUCAUAGUCAUACUUUUGUGACUUGAUUUGGUCUCCGAAAGUAGACAAAAGAAGCAAAAUAAAUGCGACAUACCUAAUACUUUUUAUUUAUAGGAAGAUGAUAAAUUGAGUAAAGACAGA